AGCCAGUGUUCAGUUGUUCAUAGUUGUGAAAACAGUGCAGUUCCAAAAACAGGUGAACAAAAAAAAAAAUAGAACAAAAAAAAUUUUAGUUAAAUUGUGAAAUUAAUUGUCAAAAUUUGUUCGUUUGUGGGAAAUCUUUUUGCAGUUCAUUUGUUCGGAAAACUAACAAACAAACCAAAAAAAAAAUGCACAAACGCUCAAAGAGCAAAAUGAAGAAGCCGCCGCUGCUGCCCAUUGGGGCGGAGCGGGCCAUUCGUCUGCGAACGGCACAGACCCUAAGCCAGAAACAGAGCAAAGCUACUGACGAAGGCACCACCGAUGAAGUCACACCGCAAUGGGGACGCCCCUUCAAGCCGUACUUCACGCUCACAAAAAUGCAACAGCCAGACAGCACCAUGAGCAGACCACAAGCAGAUGGAAUGUUCGGCCCGGGGGGAAGCGCGGGGGACCCCGAAGAGCAGGCGCCCGACCAACCCAACGACCCGAAGCAGCACCGCGAAGCCGAAGAGCCGAGGGCUAGCACCUACGACUACGACGGGGAGCCGGCAAGUGACGUCACACUCGAGUACACGAACGAGAUUCUGUACAGCGAGCUGGUGCGACUGCAGACACGAAGCGGCAAGCUGGCGCAAAGAAUUCGCGAUACGCUGCCCACGCACUUGCAGCGCCAGCUGUUCCAGCAGGAGCUCGUCGGCCAGCAUCUGAUGGCGGAGCGGAAGAUCUGUAAGCUGCUCGAGGGGCGUCAUAAGGCGAUUUUUGAGCGGCUCUCGCAGAAACGGAAGCAACAGAAGGCCGAGAUGGCAGCAAAGAAUGAGGAGCAAGCUCAGGCGGAGCAGAAUAAGGAGCUGCAACAGUCGCAGACUCUGCCGCAGAUGCAGCCACAGCUGCAGCCCCAGCCCGGGAACUCGAAUCAGAACCAGAAACCAAACAAUGCUCUGGCGCAGAAUCAGAAGCAGUCUCAAGAACAGAAUGCAACCAAUGAACAGAUUCCGAAACAGAAUAAGGCCCACAGUGCGAUAGCAAAUCAAAGCCACAAUUACGCUCAUAAUACGGACCAGCAGCAGAGCCAGCAGCAAAAUCAGCAAUGUCACGCCCAGAACCUGAACCAGAAUCAGAGCCAGUUUGCGAACCAGAACCAUGGCCAGUUUUCUAAUCUGAAUCAAAACCAGAUUCAGUUUGCAAACCAGAAUCCAAGUCAACCUGCCAAUCAGAAUGAGCACCACAACUGGAGCCAGUUCACGAACCAGAAUCAGAGUCAGUUCACGAACCAGAAUCAAAACCACAAUCUGAAUCAACUUGCCAAUCAGAAUCAAUCCGACAAUCAGAACAAUUUUUCAAACAAGAAUCAGAAGCAGUUUGCGAAUGAGAAUCAGAGCCAGUUCGCGAACGGGAAUCAGAACCAGCAUUUGAACAAUAAUCAGAACGAGAAUUUUAACCAGAAUCAGAGCCAGUUUGCGAACCAGAAUCUGAAUCAGAACCAGUAUCAGACACAGAAUCAGUCCGAGUUUGAAAACCAAAAUCAGAUCCAAAAUCAGAGCCAGUUUGAGGAGCAGGAUCUGAACCACAAUGAGAUCCAGUAUGCCAACGAGAAUCAGAUCCAGUACGCAAACGAGAAUCAGAGCCAGAAUCAUUUUGCAAACCAGAAUCAAAGCCAGAAUUUGAACCAGAAUAUGAGUCAACUUGCCGACCAGAAUCAGAGCCAGGAUCAGAGCCAGCUUGCGGACCAGACCGAGAACAUAUUUGCGAACCUGAAUCUGAACCAGUAUUAUAAGAUGAGUCAGAACCUCAAUAAGGCUCUGACUGGGAACCUGCGUGCAGGUCAAUCAGCGAACCGGAUUAUAAAUGAAUUUGCGGAGCAAAUGUUGAACCACGUCGCGAACCAGAAUGCAAUGCAGAAUCAAAUUCUCGCACAGAAUCAGCAGAACCAGAACGAGCGGAUCAUUUACGCUCGGGUUGGCAACCAAAAUCCAAGCCAGACUGACAGCCAGAAUCCGACCGUGAUUCUGAACAAAAAUCCGAGCAGCAAUCCCGCUCAGUUUCCGAACCAAAAACCAAAGCAGCAGCAGCAGUACAGUCACCACAAUCAAGCUCCGAAUGUAAGUCCAAAUCGGAAUUCAAACUCGAAUCGAGCGGCGCAGCGUACUCGCGGGUAUCGAGGACAUCCGAAUGGCUCUCCAGAAGCCGCAGAUGACUUGAAUGAUAUUCCUGCCGCCUGGCAGCUGCAGGCAGCUGCGGCACGUUGUGCUGCAUGGUCCGCGCUGCAUUCAGCCACACAGCGCCGUGCCGCGGAGCAGUCUGCUGCUCAACGUCCAUGGCAGGGAUCGGAGUUCUCAACACCAGCACCAUCCGUGGCAAUGGGUUCUCCUCCUUCAUUUGGGUCGCCACAAAACGAUGACCAAGAGUCGCCCGACUCUUCCCAAGGCACACUGACGGGCUCACCAACGGCGACUAUUACAGGCUCCCCGGACACAUCGCAGGGCACUCUUCGGGGAUCUCCGCUGCUGCCCACGCCCCAGACCCCACCAGCGGCGGCACCCACACAGCAAAUGACGCUGCUAGCAACGCCAGCGGAUCCGAAAGCCAACACUCCGUGGUACCGGCCAGACAAUAGCCGGGGCGGAGCGAUCCGGAAGCCCAACGAGGCAGCCUGCACCACGCUACAGUACCAGGAGCCCAGCCAGUGGCCCCCCAUCGGUACCACAGUGCGCGGUGCCACCGCCCAGACAGCGCCUGCAGGGCCCCAACAAGUCAGCUCUUCGACUUCCCUGGCCCCGAAUCCAUGGCCCCUAAUUGGCGGUCCGGCACGCCCGGCCAGCUCUUCACGUGGUCCAGCACGCAGCACCUCACGCAGCACCUCACGCACCCAAGCACCACGGAGCCCAUCGCGUGCUGCGAAACGCCAGCGAUUUCAACGUUCCACUUCGCGUGCCCAUCGCAAGCCGCAUCCGUCCGUUGUGCUCGGCUGCACGCCCUGGGCCCACGUCAAGGCGCAGAGCGGUCAACCCAAGAGUCAAACGAUGAACGCUGCCGGUCAGCAGCAGCACCAGCACCAGCAGCAGCAGCAGCGCUACAACAAUCGUGUCUAUGGUGGCAUACCCAGCACUGAGCCCUCAAGCAGCAUUUACACGGGCCUGCUGCCAACGCCAAUGCCACAGAUGCCCACACCACAGCUGCUGGAGGAUCAGCAGCUGGGCAGUGGCACGGCCAAGCAACUGAAUGUGGCACAGAAUCGCCAGAAGCGUCCACAGACAGGCACGAAGUAAGAAAAUGAAGCACCAACAAAGCCAAAAGGCGGCCACCAACUAAAGUAAAGAUUCAACACACCCACACAUCAGACAUCAGACAUUAGACAUCAAAAAUCAAGAUAGCCCAAAAGAAUAAUCAAAUGCCCAGAGAUUCGAUCUCUCCCAACAGCAAACAGUCAAGAGUCAAAUUCCGCAGUGUACGAUUUUCGAAGCAGACCAAAAUCAAAGCAUGCCACGCGAAUGUUCCUGCCACA